AUGGCACUCUUGUCAAAAGUAUUUAAUCUAAAAUCAGAUAACCUGCUGCACCAACUGCAUCGACUGCAGCAACUGGACCAGCAGGGAGCUAGUGGUCGAAAAAUGUCGCCAAUCUCAUCUGCAGGCUCAAAUUUGAAUCUAACUCCAUCGACAUCGGCAAAAUCAACAAGUUCCUCCUUGACACCAAGCAAAUCAAAGAAUUCAAUGUUUAAAAAAACAUCAGCAAACUCCCCACAACUUCCUCCCGCUGCACCUCCCACUUACUCAGUUAGCAUCAAGAUUGAAUCUCCUCCCGUGAUAUUGUAUGGAACACCAGCAGAAUCUACCGGCUCGAUUCUUUCAGGACUCUUAAAGCUCACAGCACUUGCAAAUGUCGAGCUAGUCUCAGUCACAUUAUCUUUAAUUCAAACAAUGAGGUAUACCAAACCUUUUAUUUUACCAAAUUCAUCAACCAUCUCCAAUUGCCGCGACUGCACAAAAAGAACCCAAGAAUUGGCUAGAUGGGACUUGCUAUCUUCUCCCACAACUUUCCCAGCUGGAGUUCAUGCAUACCCAUUUUCACACUUAUUGCCUGGAUCAUUACCACCAACAUCAAAACUAGGCUCAUCAAAUUCACGCUCAUACAUCAAAUACGAUCUCGUUGCAGAAGUUGUAGCUAAGGAAUCAGAAAGCAGCAAAAAAUUGGUGUUGCCAAUCAAUGUAUCUCGACUGAUUCUACGGGGACCCGAUCGAAAUUCAUUAAGAAUAUUUCCACCAACAGAUGUCACUGCCAUGGCCGUCCUACCAAACGUCAUAUACCCUAAAUCCGUUUUUGCGCUAGAGCUAAAAUUGGACAACAUGGUAAAUCCAACACAGCCAAGAAGAUGGAGAAUGAGGAAAUUGUCAUGGAGAAUCGAAGAGAAUAUCAAAAUCAGAGCAAAUGUAUGUGAAGCACAUACAAAGAAACUUGAUGCCGUGGAACACAGUUUGAAAAAGGCACCGCAAAAGAAGGAUAAGGCUUCCGGUUUACACCAUAGCACUAUUCAGACAAAUAUGUCACUUAUGUACAAUCCCAGUGCACAAUUUGCUCAAUCACAAUCUCAGCCGAAUGAGCCACUCGUGGAGGGACAACCACAACAAGAAGAUCAAAUAAUCGAUGAUGGUUCUCACGACAUAGAAGAAACUAUAAGAAGCGGGCCCCAACAAGCUCAGCAAAGUUUCCUUGAGGACUUUGGUGGCGGAAGAACGUUGGAGCAUCAAUCAAAUCAUCAGCAGCAUGUUCAACCUCAUACUCAACCUCAAACUCAUCCUCAUUCUCAACCUCAUCCUCAUUCUCAACCUCAUCCUCAAGCUCAACCUCAUCCUCAUUCUCAACCUCAUCCUCAAGCUCAAUCUCAAUCGCGAGAAAGCCCGAGCCCAAACUUACUCACUCCUGAGAUUUCAGCAUCGCAACAGCAGCAACAACAACAACAACUGCAUCUGCAACUUUAUGACGAAAAGAAAAUAUAUUUGGAAGAAACACGCACGAUAAGUUACGGUGAUGUCAAGGCGGGAUGGAAAUCUGAUUUUUCAGGAACUGGGAAGAUUGAGUUAGUUGCAAAUAUAAGUGCCGCUGCAUUUUCAACAGGCUCAAAUAAUCAUAUUACCCUGGCCACUACAGAGGAUCGUGUCAAGAUUGACGACGAUAAAAAUUUCCGUUUAGGAGCUAACGUCUCGUGCGAUAUCGAUGAUCCAAACUUGGGUGUUUUCGUCAACCAUACACUUAUUAUUGAAGUUGUAGUUGCCGAGGAAUUGGUGCACCGGGUUGAUCAGCAAGCAUAUAGCUUACACCCAACAAGAUCAAGUACAAGGGGUGCUACAGUUCCACGGGGAAGAUCGUCUUCCACGUCAAACGCAAACGCAAAUGCAAGUGGAAGUGUAAAUGAAACCACGACUCUGGAGUCUACUUCCGCGCUGAAUAAUCUAACUCCCACAUCGUCUCAAAACUUGGCAAACAAUCAGCUGCUUAUGGGUGCACCAACUGGUGCUGCCCGGGUUUUAAGAAUGCAAUUUAAAUUGCCCGUGACUGAAAGAUCAGGAUUGGGAAUUGCUUGGGAUGACGAAGUUCCACCAACAUAUGCAGACGUGCGUACUUUGAGUCCGCCAAGCUAUCAAGGUACUCAAACAGAUAGCAAUGCAGCGGUGGCGGGGUCCACAUCUGCGGUGGAGCCAGAUUUAUUUCCCACCACUUCAACGGCUUCAAUGACACCAUCACUCGUAGAGGUACUAAACAAUUCGAGUGUUAUCUAUGGAAGAGGAGAGACACCCAUAGUUGGCAACUUUGGGGUACUGUCUAAUGGAGAUCGUCAAAGCUUAGAUGCCAUUGUGGAUACAAUCCAAGAUCUUUCUAUCUAA